AUGAUGACCAAAUUAUACUUGACUCUUUUCAUUGUGAUGACACUUUGUCAAAUAAGUUUAACUAGACCCAUGGCAAUCAGUAAUACCAAUCAUAUCUCGUCAAUGCAUCCUACUGGAACAGAAUACAAAAAUGCUCAAUUCCAAUUUUCAGUUGUAUUACCUCAUGGUUGGCAUUCGAGAGGAUUGGUGAAAAUGUUCGAAAAGAUUGAAAAAGAAACUUAUCCAUUUACAGUGCAAAGCCACAAGUCGCUUGAAGAAAGAUAUCAAGAGGGAUUGGAAGAAGUAUUACCACUCUUCACUUUUUCGAAAAACAAUCCUGACGCAACUGAUGCAAAAUUGGUUCCAAAUAUCCAAGCGAUGGCUUACAAUAAAGCACAAAUCUCCAAAUUGCUCAAGCCCUGUGACUUUUUGAAGCUUAUUCAAAAAGAUAUCGAAGCAUCUCAUACGGAUGAAUGUAAAAUUUCUGAGCUGGAUGGAAUCCUUUACGCCAAUCAAAUAUCUCACCCUCAAACAAAUCAAAUCGCGUCCAAAAUAAAACAGCAAAGAUUUGCAACUCAUGUACUCGAAACUCACGUUCUUUACAUGGUGUUGAAUUACUUUGAUGAAGAUCAGCGAGAACAAUUACUCGACAUCGUGAAGAGUUUGAAAUUUGCUGAAAAGCAUUAA